CGAAGUAAUUUGCUCUUGUUCAUUUUGCUGUAUUCCUACUUUUCUUAUGCUAUGUCCUCUUCUGUGUUUCCCUCCUCAUGUCAGCUACAGGGGCAAUUUCAUCUAAACAUAAUGCACAAGAGUGGAGAUGUCAUCCUGGGUGGAUUGUUUCCAGUCCACUUUUUCUCAAGUGUUCCUGACCUGUCUUUUGCCUCAGAGCCACAACAGCCUUCUUGCCAUGGUUUCUAUGUUCAGGGGUUUAGGCAAGCACAAACCAUGGCUUUUGCUGUUGAUGAGAUCAACAACAACUCCAACUUGCUGCCUAAUGUGACUGUGGGAUACACUCUUUAUGACAACUGUGCUGAACUUAGAAUUGGAUUCCGUGGAGCGUUGUCAUUAGCCAGUGGUCAAGAGGAACAAAUUAUAUUACAUAAUACAUGUGUUGGAAAACCUCCAGUCCUAGCGAUCGUGGGUGAAACUUCCUCUACACGUUCUAUUGCUAUCUCCAGCGUCUUAGGUUUGUACAGAGUACCCAUGCUUCUUUAUUACUUGGAAAGGGUAAAUUUCUCCACUCCAUUUGGUGAUCAAGUGUCAUUUGAUGAAAAUGGUGAUGUGGUGCCAAUUUAUGAUGUUAUGAACUGGUUGUGGCUCCCUGAUGGAAGCACUAAAGUUCAGAAUGUGGGUGAGGUUAAAAGGUCAACUUUCAAAGAUGAAGAAAUCAUACUUGAUGAAGACAAAAUCUUCUGGAACUUUCAAUCAAAAAAGCCAGUUCGAUCAGUAUGUAGUGAGAGCUGUCCUCCUGGUACCCACAUGGUGAGAAAGAAGGGGGAACCUAAAUGUUGUUUUGACUGCAUCCCUUGUUCUGAGGGAAAAGUCACUAAUAAGAGCAACUCCUUGGAGUGCACCAGUUGUCCAGAGGAUUUUUGGUCAAACCCCCAGAGUGACCAAUGUGUGCCAAAGAAGACCGAGUUCCUCUCUUACCUUGAGCCUCUGGGUAUUUGUUUGACAGCAGCCUCAUUACUGGGCACAUUUAUAUGUACUGUUGUUCUAGGGAUCUUUAUCUACCAUCGCAGAACACCCAUAGUACGUGCCAGCAAUUCAGAACUUAGUUUCCAGCUUUUGCUGUCACUCAAGUUAUGUUUCCUUUGUUCACUGCUGUUUAUUGGACGACCCAGGAUGUGGACAUGCCAACUCAGACAUGCAGCAUUUGGCAUCAGCUUUGUGCUGUGUGUCUCAUGCAUCCUGGUAAAAACCAUGGUUGUUCUGGCUGUGUUCAAAGCCUCCAAGCCAGGAGGGGGAACCAGUCUGAAGUGGUUUGGUGUUACGCAGCAGAGAGGAACAGUUCUGUGCCUCACAUCUAUUCAAGCAGUCAUC